CCUGCUCCUGCCUUCAGUCCAGAGCCGCUGGUGGAGUCCAGGAGGGGCGGCGGAUGCGGCCCUGAGGGCACGGCCCUGCUGCCCCAAAGGUGCUGGAGGAGGCGAGGGAAAGCGCACGCUGACUGCUCCUCCCUCAAGGGGGGAGCUGAGGUGCCACAGAAGCACUCCUGCUUCCUUUCCGUGCAGGUGGCAGAGGUAAAGGCGGUAGCGGACCCCAGUAGGGGCACAGGAAUGAUUGCAGGAAGAGCAGUUGCCGUCAAGGCUCCGAGACCAGGUGUUGAAGCGUUUGCUGCUGAGCCCCGCCGUGACUGUUACCCGCCCGAGGUAAGAGGGGAACUGACCCUCAACCUACAAACUCCAGCCACCAUCACACAUGCAGCCAAAUCCAGCAUUAGAGAAAACGCGUGGCCCAGCAGGGAUCUGGUUGAUGAUGUCCUCACUGUCUCAGAGGUAAAAAUCAAGCUGGAGAGGGCUGGCGGAAGCUCUGCUCUCCCUUCCCGAAGCGCUGCGGAGGCAGAUGCACGCCCGGUGCCCUCCGCAGCCCCGGAGCAGCACGUACGGGCUGCUGGGACAGCUGCUGCUCUCCCAGCAGCGAGCCACGAGGCUGGUGUGGGAAAAGGACGAAGCUCCUGAGCCAACAGCAGGUGGGGGAGGCGUGGCUGCGCUCUCAGAGCGGUUCCAGGCAGUCCCCCGGGGCGUGGAGAACGUUUGCAUCGUGCUGUGCGGGGGAAACGUGGACCUGAGCUCCGGGGAAGUGAAAUGAGACCAGAGCGGUGUCUCCAGCAGCGAGAGCCCGACUCUGAAUUUGUACGGUCGGGUUUAUAUGCGACUGAAAACAGAUGGACAACCCCAAAGGUCUGAAAGCUUCUGUGAAGGGCUAAGGAAGCUGGCGGUGGUCUCUACAGCCCUGAAUCACUUUGUUACAAAGCAAAGGGUCACUCCUGGGGACUUGGAAGCGAAGCACUGCUUGUUCUCCCCCACACCAGCCGUCCAGCUCUGGAAAAGACCUUCAGUGGGUUGCACUUUGCCACUACCCAGCUGCUACUUCGCCUUUCUUUCCCAGUGUCCUCAACAACUUCCAACAAACUCCUUCGAUAAAGCAAAAUCCCCUCAACCCACUGCCAUGGCAGGGCAAGGACAGGCAAGAGCCCCACAGGGCGAAGGGGUUCACGAACAGGAGGGCGCUCGCAGCCUCCCAUUUGGCCCCCACAGCCAGCCCCCACCAAGACACAGGGACUUCGACG